CCCAUUUAUGCUACUCGGUUUGUAUGAAUAAGUGACAUAAUUAAAAAAGAAGCUAUAACUCCCUAGGGAGCUAUAGAUUUUUCUUCACAAUCCAUAACUCCCACGGGAACAAAAUAGGCCUUUGUCCUUCAGCACACCUGCAUGAAAUAAGAUCUUUUUCGAGCAAGUGUGAUGAAAAUAACGUGUUAUGGCAACAGGAGCUGCGCAACAGCUGCGAGCCGACCAUGUUCUCCCUGGAGCAGCUUCUCCUGAACGGCAGCGCCGACUCCUCGGCCCCUCACCAGGUGUGCUCCGUGCUGGCCACGCUGCUCAGCGCCGAGCUGGAGCACCGCCGCGCCCUCGACCACAAGGGGCUCAAGGUGCAAGAACGUCCCCCAUCGUCGGCGCCGCUCAACACGUCGUACUUCCGCGCGUGGAACACUCGCGACCAAGACGAGUGCGAGUACUGCCGCUCCACCCUGUUCCUGUCCAAGGUGACCGGGCUCACGGGCCGCAAGUCCGCCGUGUGCCCCGAGCACGCGCUCCGCCUGCUGGAGACCAGGAAGCACAAGAACGUGGAUCUGCACACGCUCGAGUUCCUCUCGUCGUUCACCACGCCCGCGCUCGAGGAGAUGCUGGAGCGGCUCGACGCGCGCACCGCCGGCGACCAGAGCGCCCACGCGGACCCCGAGUAGAGACGAAACCAGUGCAUCCACUCAAAAUGCCUCAGGAGCACACUGCAGCCGUCGACAGGAACGGCCGGAGCCCCUUCACUGAUGUUUCCAGGCCGAUUAGGGCUUACGAUUCCGGGAUCCCGCGCAUUUAGUCCCGCUUGUUGUGGGAUUCCGAUCCCGCGGGAUUCGGGAUGUAGUUUGUAUCGUCAGCCUCCCAUCUUACAAGCCGGGAGAUAACGUUGCCAUUUUUUUAAACUGCGCACCGCAUAAGGUACCUACGCCAAAGGGUACUUAAACUGGCCUACUUCCAAAAUGGUUUGCUAUUGUGAAAUCAGUCAAACAAGUUCGUUAAUAGAAAAAAGCGCGGAUUUCAAGUUGUCUAUGGGACAAUAUCAUUUCGCGCAUACAUUUUUUAAAUAUGCCGCUUUGUUCUACUGACAGAAAUUGCUUGACAGACCAUAAGUGUGAAUUGCGUCCGUAUUCGCUAGUGUCAUAGACAAAACUACAAGUUCAUGUAAAAUAUAAGCAAAAUAAAAACGGGCCUUAUUUGGAGCAGGUACCUUAUUUUUGAUGAUUUUAACAAACGUGCGUUUGAAGAAUAUUUAGAAAAUAAUACUUUUUGUUUAAAUGAAAUGAAUUCGGUUUUCAUUUAUAAUGUUAUUUUGUAUAAGAGGGGUCCUCCAUUAAUAACACCACACGAGGGGGAGGGAGGGGUACAAAAAUGUGACAUGUGGGGGGACAUACCUUAUUUUUGAUGAUUUUAACAAACGCGCGUUUUGUAUAUUUAGAAAAUAAUAUUUUUUGUUUAAAUUAAAUGAAUUUGGUUUUCUUUUAUAAUGUUAUUUUGUAUAAGAGGGGUCCUCCAUUAAUAACAUCACACGAGGGGGAGGGAGGGGUACAAAAAUGUGACAUGGGGGGCAUACCUUAUUUUUGAUGAUUUUUGAUUUUAACAAACGUGCGUUUGAAGAAUAUUUAGAGAAUAAUAUUUUUUGUUUAAAUUAAAUGAAUUUAGUUUUCAUUUAUAAUGUUAUUUUGUAAAAGAGGGGUCCUCCAUUAAUAACAUCACACGAGGGGGACGGAGGGGUACAAAAAUGUGACAUGUGACAUGGGGGGAGUGAACAGCUUUGUGACGUCACUUAACUUCACAUAUAAACAAAAAUUGUACAGCUAAAUAACCAGUUUUUGCAACGAUAUAUAGUUUUAUUGCGUGACUUAUAUAUAUAAAAAAAUAUUUUUUUAUUAAAAUAAUACUUCAUUCUAAUUGCUUAUUUCAGUUAUUUCGUUAAUAACAAGUUUAAAAAAAUGUGACGACACCAGGGGGGAGGGUUGCCUAAUGUGACCAGGUGUAACAAGGAGGCAAAAAUUCAUGCGAUGUAAUAAACUGAUGACCCCAGACGUGUAAGAAAAAAAAACAAAAAUAAUGAUACAAAUUGUAUGGCAUCGUACUUGUGGGCCAGCUUCGUAUAUGGCGGGGUUUAACACUAACCCCCUUAUUCAUAAACGUGUACUAAAGUUACGAUGCCGCUGAUCAUCGUUUGCCCCUUUCCGACGUAUAGGUAUGAUGGAAAGGGACAAACGAUGAUCAGCGGCAUCGUAACUUUAGUACACGUUGAUGAAUAAGGGGGUUCAUGAAUAAAAGGAGUUCAUAAAAUGAACCGGGGGCUUUACGUCCAAAGCUUUAAAAGGGAUAGUAAUAGUGCAAUUUGCCGCCAGGGGCAGCACUAGCACAUACCGUAAACCAUAGAGUAACAUACACUACCAUCACAAAGUUUAAUACCAAACACGGAAUAUGCAUAUUUGCAUUUUUAAUUUAAUUUUUUUUUUUUUACGAAAAUUCUACUUUGCAGUAGGUACCUACAAUCCGAAAAAUAAAGCGUUAAACGAUUUAUUAAUCAGAAUUUAUUAAAAAAGACAUAAGGUAGAAGUACUAGUGCUCGACACUGCACUAGUCACCGACAUGGGCACUUUAUUUCAUGGAAAUAUAGGUUAAAUUUGAACAACGAAGAUUUUUCUGUAUUCGAUCUUAAUCCUUGUCACUUUGACAUAAAGUGCCCAAGUCGAGUACUAGUGCAGCGUCGAGCACUAGUACUUCUACCUUAUAUAUAUAAUAAUAAAAAAAAAAUCAUAGUUCCUCAUCGAAAAAUCCUCGACGCUUUUCCACUACAGAGUAAUCAUUUAUGAUACUAAUAAGCUCCAAGGGUAAGGGUGAGGUUAAGGGUUUGUCCAAUGGCUAAGGUCACCCUGUAUACUAUGCAUUAAACAGUUUAUAGACAAGUUUUCACAGAUCAUUCGUUACAAAUAAAUAUGAAAUUCAUGUAUUACGGCGGUUGAUUUACAGUUUGUGCUAGUGGCGCCUACGCAGAAUUUUGCGUAAUAUUACCUAUUCCGCGAAAUCUACUUUUUUUCAAUGUUGUAAAUGUGUAACAUUAAGUUAAUUUAAGUUUAGUAAUGUAAAACGUAAGAUAGCGAAAAACAUGAACCAUAGCGUAACAAGGGUCGUCAGUACUGAACUAUCUACAGUGGACUGUACAUACAUAGUUCAGUACGUGGGUAAUACUGAAAGUUUCUGGAAUGAGCCAUUUAGAGGUCACGCAAUGAAAAUGUUGAAAAUAUAACUUGUUUGGAAAUUGUAUAUUUUUAGAUACAAUUUGUUCGGUGAUGAUUUGUAUUUUUGGAAUACUGUUUGAAAAUUAUAUGUCAGGGAUUCUUUAAGGAUUAAAAAAAAGAUUUCAGGAGCUUUCAGUAUGACCUAAGUACAAGUGAUUACAAUCACGUCUAAAAAUAUCGAUACGUAUAAAGUGCCAAUAAUAGUAUAGACGAACUUGUUGGCCAUAUAUUAAGGUAGUGUAUACAUAUAUUUGGCACUUUGUCCGUAUCGUUAUUUUGAGACGUGACUGUACAGAUAUUAACACAUUCAGUGCUAGCGCAAGCCGAUAAGGUAAUAAUAUCUUUAGGUAUUUAAAUAAAAGUAAACAAAAUCUACCCUCAAAUGGCUCCUCAAGCCAGUAGAGGGUAGAUGAAAACAUUACAUGAUCAAAUAAUGUAGGUUAAAGUCAGAUCGUUCAGUCACAGAUCCAGGCGUUUUUGUAUUUGGUUGGUUAACCAAUAAAUGCUAUAACUACCCGAAAAUGUAUAAAUGAUUUGUUUAAUUUUAUUUAAAUACCUAAAGAUACAGAGUUAUAGCGAAAAACGCCUGCGAACAGAGAACCCGCCUAGCGCGUCGUUGGAAGUGAAUGUGUUAAAAACGAUUACAUAAUAAUAUUAAUUAUGAAUAACCCACCAUUAAUAUACCUCGUUUUUUUUUGCAUUAGAAAAAGGAUAAACAAUCUUGACGUGCCUUUUUAAUAAAAAAAAACGUUUAAAAAAAAUACCUAGUCUUCUUGUUGUGCCAUGUCAUCAUCUCACGUCGGCGACCAUCUCUCGGAAUUUACUUAUAUAUACUUAUGAAACCAAAUUAAUGUAAAUGAUAAUAAAAUAUAUAUAAGUAAAUGUUUCGACGACCGGUCUGGCCUAGUGGGUAGUGACCCUGCCUACGAAGCUGAUGGUCCCGGGUUCAAAUCCUGGUAAGGGCAUUUAUUCAUGUAAUGAGCAUGGAUAUUUGUUCCUGAGUCAUGGGUGUUUUCUAUGUAUUUAAGUAUUUAUGUCCUAUAAUAUUUAUUUAUUUAUUAUUUAUUUAUUUAUUUACAUAAUGGAUAUAUACCGAGGUGUUACUAUAAUUAGGUUAAAUCUAAAAUAGGCCCUUGAGGCAUUGUGCAAUCAAGGUAUUAAAUAUCAACACGGACAAAGUAACAAAAAUAUGUACACACUACCUUAAUGUAUUGGCAUUAAGGUCGUGUAUUGAAUGUAGUUUUAAGUUGCCGUUGUUGCCCAUAAAGUCGUGCAUACAUAUUUUUGGCACUUUGUCAGUGUCGAUAUUUAAUACCUUGACUUAACCAAUGAUGCUGGCGGCGUUUCCAUCUGCAUAUAAAUUGUUACAUACUUCAUGUAAAUUAUUUUUCAAGUUUUUUUUUAAAGACACGUCAGGAUUGUUUACUUUCAAUGCUAAAAGGCGGGGUCUAGUCACGUCUGAACGCCACGAUCGAAGUGCCAAAAAUAUGUAUACACGACUUUAUGGUCCGUAUAUUAGGGUAGUGUAUACAUAUUUAUGGCACUUUGUCCAAAUCGAUAUUUUCAGAAGUGACCGUACCUAUAGUAUAUGUAAUUAUGUUUAAGAAUGUUGUUUCAGUUGCAGCUGUUGCAAAUGUUCAACUGUAGGUUAAGUUAUUUCACUAAAGAUGGUCAAAGACUGAAUUAAAAAAAAAAGUAGAUUUAAUAUAACAUUCGGCCAUUUGAUAGUCGUAAAUGUAUCGUAGAAUAUAUUAUAUAAAAUUAAUAACGUUUUUGUAAGUAGUCGUGAGUACAUAAUUAAGGAAGUACAUUAUAUUGAUUACUAAAAUUCAUCCCAAAUGAUAAUCAAAUAAAGAGAGGAAGUCCAAUUAGGGCUUGUUUCACAAUGUCCAAUAAAAUCCUGAAUAAGCUACUUGCCACUUAUCUGACGAAUAAAGUCAAUUUUGGCGUUUCACAAUAAAGAUAUGAUAAAGAAAGAACAUUGUGAAACAUGCCCUUAGACUAGAAAAUCACAGAAUCAGAGAUUGAAGUUGUACAGCAAACCGAUUAUAAAACAACUUUAAAUCAUAUCUUACUUAACUUUACUUAUUCAGUUCAAGGAAAUAUAAACCAUAUUCCAUUGAAA